ACUCGACCACAUCCAGAGACCAGGGAUGCAGUUCUUGCAAAACUACCUUUUCAUUUACAUCAAGAAGGGGAUUAAAGUAACAGCGCAAGAUAAGUGAUCGUCAUGCAACUCUUUGCAAGAACGCUAGCGGCACUGACCCUCGGGUGUACGCUACGGAGUGCCAGCAGCGAAGUCUUCUCAGCGCCAGAGCACGACCUCCUCUCGGCACUCGCUUGGUCUUCGCUGGACUUCAGUGACGUCGCUCCCCUCCAGCCCCGAAGUCUGUUGAGGUCGGAGCGUGACGAGAACAGCAUCAACAGCAACAGCAUCAACAGCACUGCCCUCGUUGCCAGACCGAGGAAGAGGAGGACGAUUACACUUCACCCGAAGGAAUUUUACGUGGGGCUGGAAUACCGGUUCAAGCUCCCUCUCUUCCAAGUGUACGAGUCGACUGCCUUCUUCCUUGAGGUUCCCAUCGACUUCCACCACGAGCUACACGGGGUUGUCGAUACCGGGAGAUCGUGGGACCUGAUUAAGCCGCUGUUGGAGAAUGCCGAGGCGCUGGUUUCCCUGCUGGGCGUGGACGGGGGCGCUUGUCUCCGGCGGGCGGUGUGCGAACUGGCCUCGGCGCCCUCGAUCCGCCCACACGGCUUCAUCGGCGAGGUCAUCCAGAUCUUCGUCCAAGAUUUAAUUAAAGCUGAAUACCGUAUUAAAAGCAUGGAGAACGAAAUCGACACUCUACACGGGAAAUAUAUGGAAGCUGGCAGACACGGCAAAGAAAAAGGAGAGUGUUGGAAAGCGUUCCCAGAAUGCACAGUCUCGUUUGCUCAUUUAUUUUCGGACGUCAUAGUUUAAUGAAAAAUAAAUAAAUAAAUAAAUAGAAUGUUUAUCAAGAACAUUCUAACACUUCGAUGGCAUUUUAGUGUAUUUGAAAGACAGAUGGUGCCAUGAUGUAGUGCCAUAUUUAUUUUAGGUAAGAAUUGACUUUAGAUAGUGCUGAAAACUAUUUGAAGUUUGGCAGGCUUUUCGGAAUAACUCAUCCUUGUUCAGACGCCUUAUUAAUUACUAUUAAUGUAGCUUUAUCAUCCAUAUAUUACUGUUUUCUUCGAGUUAUAUUUGAAGAAAAUUUAAGACUAUCAUUUUCAAAAACUUAGAUGCCGUAAUUACAGAAUAUUUAACGAUAUAAGUUUUAGCGUGAAUCAUAGGCAAGACAAGGACCUGUAUUUGGAAAACGCCUGUUUAUUUAACUAUGUAUUUAUUUAUUUAUUAGUAUUAAGUAUUUAUUGAAACCUCAUUAUCCAAUUUUGGCAUUGCUUUCUCCCUUUUGUUCUGUAAUUCUUCGUCCCUUUUUCCUUUAGGCUUAGAACCUGUGUCUCAAAUGUAAUGACUGAAGAAAUAAAAAAAACACGAUA